AUGUUUACUACUCGUGCCAACUCGAUGACAGUGACAGCUGUCACUACAGCUUUUGCUACUACAUCUACAAGUGCAUCCCGAUCAUACCAUUAUGUUAAAAGAGACGAUAGUGAUUCGUCGUCGGCAUCCUCUACAAGUAGUUCGAAGAAUGCUAAAUGUACCGGUACUAAAGCACAAUGUCAAAAACCAACAGAUCAUGAUAUGUCUGUUACUAUUGGUGUCGCAGUUGCGGUCCCCGUUGUUGUAAUAAUACUUUUCUUAGGUAUUAUUCUUUAUUUUGUCUAUCGUCGUGGUAAGAAAGAAGCUUUGGAAGAUAAUGAUCCAGAUUUUGAUGGUGACGAAUUUUUAACGGGAUAUUAUCCAACUCAUCCAACUUAUGAUAAUCCAAUUGAAACAAAACAAGUAUUUCAUGAACAGUACGAUCAAACACAACUUCAACAGAAUAAUACAAACCCAUUCAAUGAUAAUAAUACUACUAAUAAUUAUAGUAUUAAUAAUCCCAAUUCAAAUAUUCAACCAUGGGAAGUUAAUCCAUUUCAUAUCCCUGGAAGUGGAUCAGAUAUUCAUUCGUUGCGAACAUUUGCUAGAGAAAUUAAAAUGGAUGGUGAUCAUGGUUAUAAUUUAGCAUCAAUGUCACGUCAUGCUUCACAAUCUUCCUUGGAUUUGCUCUCAUCAGCUACAAAUAAUACUUCACCUUUAGAGAAACAGGAUGUAAUUCAAUCACCACCGCAACAAGAAGAAGAAAGUCAUCGAUUAUCUCAACCUGUAGAACAAGUGACAAGGUUCGAUGAGGAUGGGGAACCGAUAACUCCAGCAGAAGAAGAGAAUAUUCGUCGUAUGAGAAGUAUCUAUAAAGUCUAUCUAGAUAGAAACGAUACAAUUAUACGACAAUCUCCAGAGAAGUCCGUAGUAGCGGAAGAGCCUAUGACAAAUGUAUCUCGUUUAGAGGUUCAACCACCGCAACCAUCGCUUCCCACAGAAGAAAAUGACGGAUCAAUGGGGAAUCUCGGCGGUUAUGACGAUACAGGUAAUAAUAACCGGGCCACUCAUUAUAGAGUUGCGUCAUCGAUUUAUUCGGAGUUACCAAAUAAACCCGCUAGUGUAAUGUAUCAACAAGAACCAUUACCUCAAUAUCCUCAGUACAUGCCUCAACAACAGCAACAACAACAAUAUUUACCACAACAGCAACAACAGAUGCAGUACAUGCCUCAACAAUCAUAUAUUCUACAACAACGUAAUCAUCCACAAACUUUAGAAAGUAUUGGAGAAUUACCUCCACCUGCAAGGUUAGCCUAUAGUGCUUCAUCGCAUUCAUUAACAUCAUUCCGUCAACCUUCAAAGCAAACAUUUGCAUUACAAACUGCAAGACUUAAUGGGACAGCACUAAAUCCAAUGGAUCAUCCCGAAAUGUUUUAUUCCCAAUCUGAUGAACCUUACGUAUCUCAACAGCAAUAUGGUAACGAUUUGCAAAGUAUGACUACUAAUAAUACCAUGGGUACAACAUCUCAUGUACAUCCUUAUCAAAUGCGUAAUAGUAUAGUGAUGACAAAUCCUUCUGAAUUACAAUCAUCGUCUAGAUCCUAUAGACCUGCAGGUUCUUUCAGAAAAUUUAAUGAUCCAAUGAACACUACUAAUAACAAUUCAAGAAAUAAUAGUUUGGUUACAUCAAAUAAUACUUAUCAACAAUAUGUUCAAUCAAGAGUUAGUGGGAUCCUUGAAGAAUCAGAUGUCUUACAACCACCAAGUGUUCCAGGUAUUUUACCUCAUAGUGGUUCAAGUGAAGAUUUACGUAAGCAACUAGGUUCAUCACAUAAUUUUAAUGUACCUAUGUAA